UUCUAAUCCAUAGACUAAGUAAUUGGAGCAAGAUCCAUCAAGUCCAUUGCACAAACAAGAUGUUAUCUAGAAGUAUUAGAUCAACUAGUCGUGGUUUACCCCGUUUAAGUAAGAAUGGGUUAAAUGCUAAACCAAUGAUUAAUUUAAAUUUAAAAAUUGCAUCAAUUAAUUCAAGUAGAUCAUUAUCAUUUUCCAACAGACCGGUUAAUAACUUUAGUAUGAUUAAUUUACAACAAAGACGUUUGGCUUCUCAAAGUGUUAAAGUUCCCGAAAUGGCUGAAUCUAUUACUGAAGGUACUUUAUCAGCUUUUAGUAAAGAAGUCGGUGAAUUUGUUAGUCAAGAUGAAACCAUUGCUACCAUUGAAACUGAUAAGAUUGAUGUUGAAGUCAAUGCUCCAGUUAGUGGUACUAUUACUGAAUUCUUGGUUAAUGUUGAAGAUACUGUUGAAGUUGGUCAAGAAAUUAUUAAGAUAGAAGAAGGUGAUGCUCCUGCCGGUGGUGCUGCUCCAAAGAAGGAAGAACCAAAGGAAGAACCAAAGGAAGAAUCAAAGAAGGAAGAACCAAAGAAGGAAGAACCAAAGAAAGAAGAACCAAAGAAGGAAGAACCAAAGAAAGAACAACCAAAGAAAGAACAACCAAAGAAAGAACAACCAAAAGAAACUAAACAAGAAUCAACCCCAAGCUUCACCAAUUUCUCUAGAAAUGAAGAACGUGUUAAAAUGAACAGAAUGAGAUUAAGAAUUGCUGAACGUUUGAAGGAAUCUCAAAAUACCGCUGCUUCCUUAACUACUUUUAAUGAAGUUGAUAUGUCUAAUUUAAUGGAUAUGAGAAAAUUAUAUAAAGAUGAAAUGUUAGAAGCUACCGGUAUUAAAUUAGGUUUUAUGGGUGCUUUUGCCAAAGCAUCUACUUUAGCUGCUAAAACCAUUCCUGCAGUUAAUGCUAGUAUCGAAAAUAACGAUACCAUGGUUUUCAGAGAUUAUACUGAUAUUUCUGUUGCUGUUGCCACUCCAAAAGGUUUAGUUACUCCAGUUGUUAGAAAUGCUGAAUCCUUAUCAAUCUUGGGUAUUGAAAAAGAAAUUUCUAACUUGGGUAAAAAAGCUAGAGAUGGUAAAUUAACUUUAGAAGAUAUGACCGGUGGUACUUUCACCAUUUCAAAUGGUGGUGUUUUCGGUUCCUUAUACGGUACUCCAAUCAUUAACUUACCUCAAACCGCUGUUUUAGGUUUACAUGGUGUUAAACAAAGACCAGUCACUGUUAAUGGUGAAAUUGUUUCAAGACCAAUGAUGUACAUGGCUUUAACUUAUGAUCACAGAGUCUUGGACGGUCGUGAAGCUGUUACCUUCUUGAAAACCGUUAAAGAAUUAAUCGAAGAUCCAAGAAAGAUGUUAUUAUUACAAUAGAUUCUUUGAUAUCCGAUUUUGAAUCUCUAUUUAUAAUAUAAAAAAUUUUUUGUUA